GGUACCUCUCUCCAUCUCUCCCAGUUGCCAGUGACAGGCGGCGGUGCGGGGGAGGAGGAGGGACCGGGACGCACCGGGCGGGAGGCAAAGGCAGCAUGGAGUCAUCCGCCAUUGUGCAAAACAAGGGGGCGACCCCCAAGAAAUCUGUAAUCAGUAGGGCGUCUGUAAUAAAAACUCCCCAUUCUCCAAAGGGGAACACAGACACCUCUCAGCCGGCAGCCUCUAGAACUUCAGGAAAUAUCUCAAGGGCGGAAGCUACAAAACACAGCGCAGGCAUGAAGCAAGCGACCGCAUCAAAGGCCAGUAUAGGCCGAGCCAACACAGCUUCGCCCCUGAGGCACAGAGCGGAGAGAGACCAAGCAACUCCCAGCAAAACAUCUGCCAAGCAAUCUCCCCUCAAACGGAACGAGGACCGGGUUCGCCAACAGGGGGCAGCAGAAGCACCUUCAAUGCCAAAACUUCAAGCUUCAAAAAGAUCUGUUGAGGGGCCAAAGGACACUAAGUCAUGCACUUCACUGGAAGGAAAGACAUUUCUCUCUAGGAAAGGGAGUCACAAGACUGAAGUGAUGAAGACAGAUCAUUUAGCAAAGCCAGUUGGCCAAGCCAAGAACCUGAGACUGGACAGCAUGGUGUCUUCGCCAGAUAAAACAUUACCCCAUUCAUAUGAUAAAAUUGUGAAAAGCCCUUCAGCAUCAAAACCAGACAAAGCAGCCAACACUGCUUUACUCACAAAAGCAGCUAGAGCGGUGAUCUCAACCUCAACAAAACCAGUUGCAGCAAAAAUCUCUACCACACUGGGGAAAUCAACGACUGCUGCAACUGUGCAAGGAAGGCCAACCAAACCCCAGUCUGUACCCAGUGGAUCCACGUCUGCCAAACCUGGGAAGCCCCAAUCUACUUCAAAUAAACCAGUAAACAAUGUACCAGUGUUAACAAAACCAUCAAAAUCUGCUGUUAAACUGGAAAACAACUCACUGGAGAAUAAAGCAGCGCAAAGUCCAUCUAAGUCUUUGCCACCAAGGAAAAAAUCAAAUAUGGUGGCCAAAUCUGAAGCCACAUCUGCACUGUCAGCGAAAGCAGUAAAGAGUGCACCUGUGAAAAAUAAAACAAUAAACAAAGGGGAGAAAGAUAAUGCACCUACAAAACCAGUGGAACCAUUACAGUGUCUUGUGGAGUCACAAAUAACCAGUGGAAUGAAAUCAGAAGUUACAAAUAGUGAGUUAUUAGAAAAACCCAUUGGUGCAACAAAGACACCAGAGGAGACAUUGAAUUCAGAGCCAGCUACUGAGCAUGGGACCCAAGUGAAAGAUGAACCAAGACCAUCAGAGACUCAUCAUGUCAUCAGACCCUUACAGUCCCCAGAGAAAGCUCCAGCAGAACUAACGGAUAGACUAUUGGUCCAAUUACAUUCUCAGGCUGAAACAGGAGAAAAAAUGAUCCAGUCACCAUCGUCAACAGUUUCCGAACCACUAUUAGCUAUAAAUUCUUCAGCUGAAACCUAUUUCACAGAGACUUUGACUGAAUCAAUGCAGACUAAAGCACCAGAGAAGCUUCACAAAGACCUGUCAGAUGAUCCUUUAGAACAAGAAGAGGAUGCUAUUCAUUUUGUGCAGUCAGAAAACACUACACUUGGAAUUGUGGAGAAGUCAGUGGAAUCUAUAACAGUAGUUGAGGUAGAAGAGUUUCCACUGCAGUCUGUCAGUGAGACGGAUAGAACAGAAGCAGUAGAGAUAGAACCGGAAAAACAAUUAGACUGUUUCAUGACAUACACGGGGAAACCAGACACAUCACAUUCAAAUAUUUUUGUAGAGGAAGUAGAACAUUGUUCAGCAGGUCAAAAUAUCACACCUGAAAGAUUCUCUCCUGUAGAAUCUUUAUUGAAAAGUGUCAUAUCUCCUGUAGGAUCCCCAUUAGAAGAAGAAGCCUUCAUCCAAACAGCGGGACCGAAAACCCCCUCAACGGAAUUCAUUGUAUCUCCCAUAAGACUAGACCAAGAAUCAUUAAAGGCUCCCGUAGAAUCCCAAACGCAAGCUGAACCACCGGAACCAACCUCACCUGUAGUUGGACCACUUAAUGAUUCCCUGGAGCAGAUACAGGUAUUAAACAAUGCAGAUCUGUUAGGUUUAACAGUGGAGCCGAUAAAGUCUUCCAGAGAAGACAUACCCAGUGAAAUGAAAACCAUGGCAACAGAGCAUCUUGCAGAAUCAUUCAAAUCUGAGGAGGAACAAAAAAAUGAGCCUGGAUCCAAGAAUAUAUUAGCUGAACCAAUAAACGUUAAUCACCAAGGAAUACAUUUACACACCGAGCCCAUUUUACAAGAAUACUGUAGCCAAGGCUCUGUUGAUAUUAAAAAAGAGUCAAUUAUAUCUCCUGCCAAAGCAUUAAUAUCUCUUAGAGAAACACUCAUAUCUUCUCAGCAAUCACUAACCUUCACCAUGGAAACACUCAGUACAUUUACAGAACCACCAGAACCAUUAGUCCAAUCUGCAGAGACAGAACAAGUCUCUUCUAUAUUGCAAUCAGCAAAAGAGGGGACAUGUGACAUUUCUCCAACAGCUGAUGUUAACAUUCAAAAGGAGAUAUAUGCAACAAAAUCUGACUUACCAGUUGCCUCACCAAAUGAAUUAGUAAUUACUCAACAAGAGUCAUUAGGGCAGGAAGCUGUGCAUUGGAGAACACAAGAACCACCUGGGACCACAAUGGAAGUAGAAUCAGUAGUGAGUUCACUGAUACCAGCUAAGACUGCCAUGACAUGUACAAAUGUCUUAGAAGAAACACAGGAAUAUCAAAUAGAACAUAAGAUGUAUCCUAAAGAACCAAAAAGUGAUUUUUUUGGACCUGUUAAGUUACAGUGGGAGCUAGUAGAUAUCCCACUGGAGCAAGGAAAUGAUCAACUUGCAUCUAAAAGCUUUAAAUUAGAUGCAGCAGAGGCUCCAAGUGAUUUCCCACAUGGUCCGUUAAAAUCUCCAAAGGAACCGAUAACAUUUCCAGCAGAACCAACCACAGAGCAAGGAGAACAUUCAGGAAACUCAGUAGGCUCUUAUGAGGAACUAGUAAGACCUUUGGAAGAAAUCCAUUUAGCAGAUUCUGUAAAAUAUCAACCUAAAUCUUCGAUACCCUCAAUAGAAUCACAAUCCGGCACAGAAAUAGUGAAACAUCCAAUAGAACCAAACAAAGACAUAACAUUUCCACUUAAACCUUUAUCACCAACAGUACAUUUAGUAGAGGUAGACUUUUCCUCAACGAUUUCCCAACAAAUUGUAUCUCCAGUAGAAUCAGGGAAACCUUUACCACAGCCUGUAACAUCUCAAGUGGACCCUUUAGUAGCUUCAGUGACAUCUUUAGUUGAGUCCCUAAAUGGGUCGGUGGAAGAAGCAAGGUAUUUUGAAGAACAUUUACCGGCUUCAACUGAAUCAGUAAAGUCUCCAGUAGCAGUAGAAUCACCUUCUGUAGACUCUGUGAAAAAACAUCCUGUAAUGGUAGCAGUAGGUUUAGCAAUGCCUCAAGAGCAAACAGCAGCUCUUACAACACAGUUGGUAGCAGCUUGUAUGGAAGAAACACAUGAAACAUCUUCAGUAAAAUGUACACAUAUAAUAAGUGUAGUAGGUUCUUCGGCAGGGAAACCACUGAUAGCGUCUGAAAGUGACAACAAAAGUACAGUAGAAGAUACAAGAGGCAGUUUGGCUCCAAUGGGAUCAUUUUCAGAACUAGUACAAAGGACAAGUGGCCUGGUAUCAACAAGCGAAUUAGGAUCUUCAGAUGUCUCAUUGGAAGUGGUAAGAAGUGCAGAAUCAAUGGAACCAGUAAACUCAUUAUGGGAAGAAGCACCAUGUACACAUAAGUCAACAAAUGCUGAAGGGAAUCCAUCAAGUUUUCCCUCUUUCAGUUUGGACAUGUCAUUUCCACAAUCAGAGGAUAUUCCCCGAGGCGUAACACAAGUAGGUGAUGGAGUUAAACAUAUCACUCAAGGUGACAGCACCUUUGCAUAUGAGUACUGCAUAUCCUCAGAGGAAGAGAACAGUGAGUCGUGGGUGUUGGUGAGUAAAGAGGAGCUUUCUGACUUUAAAGAGUCUGACCAGAGACCACACCGGCCUGUCUUACUAAGCCAUGAAGAGGAAGAAAUGGGGGAGGAGAAAAAAGUUGAAGAAGAAGGUGAAACCAUGGCCUCAGGGUGCAGCACACUUAGUGACCCCCAACUUGCUGAUCAAAGCAGUAGUGAGACUAGUACCCCAGAGGAGCUUAGAACGUAUGAAGAUACAAGCUCUGGGGUCGAAUCACACUCAGAUGACAUGGCCACAUCUCCGCCAACUAUGCUUACACCUGAUCCUGACUUGGGUAUCCACAUGGGACAAGAGGAAACAGGAGAAACCCUAGCUGAAACUCCAGUCCAGAAGGGUCAAGAGACAUCCCGUCAGCUUCAUGAUGACUGCACGGGGGAAAGAUCACAGGAACCAGCAUCGCCAUUAAAAUGUAAUCCCUCAGAGACUGACAUGCAACGAAGAAAAAGGGAGGUUUUUGAUUUUACAUGCACCCAAACAGCAGCGGGGGCCAGAGGCAAUGAGGAGGAGGAAAGAGCUGGGGCUUUCAGUGCCCAAAGAGGUGAACCUAUUGCCCCACCUACCGAAGGACUUUACACCAUCUAUGAGUCAGAGCGAGGAAGCCAAGAGCGUGGCCCCAGAGGAGCGGAGCUAGGCCUGGUGGAGCAGAUCAUCGGACGGACCUUGUUACUGGCAGCUUCGGAGGGAGGGCCCCGCAGUGGGAUGCGGGGUGCAGAACUGGGCAAGUGGGCAGAGUUGCUGUCCCCUUUGGAUGAAUCACGGGCCAGCAUUACAUCAGUAACAAGCUUCUCCCCAGAGGGUGACACGUCCCCACAAGGGGAUUGGACAGUUGUGGAGGUGGAAACAUUUCACUGAGCUUGUCCGGCCCACGGGGACCAAUAGUGAGCUCUCUCAAGUGUGCGAGGUGUGUGUCCACGUGCAAUAUGUGUGCAGUGGUGUGAGCGAGCAGUAAAUGUGUGUGUAGAAGUGUUUAUGUGUCAGAAGCUUUGCACUGCCUUUAGAUCCCGCAGAUGUUACAUUUGCCUGGGCCUUCCUGCCUGCCCCGUGCUUUAACUCCUCAGUACAUUGUUGUUGUUAUGCAAACCUAUGGGGUAAGGGGGUUACUGCGACAUCAAACCCUAUCGGGCUUGUCCUACAACUGGUAAAUGUGGUCAUGGUGGGUCGUCUUCUUAAGCAAAUAAAUUAUUUUUUAUUUCUGUGA